AUGGCCGAUCGAGAGAUAAUGAAGCAGUACAGCUACAAGGCAACAUCCAAUCUUGUUUUGGAGCAAGAAAGGAGUCGACGAAGGUCAACUGCAGACACAGGCGAAGUGGCACCCUUGAGGACAGAUGAACUUGAAGGCCAAAUGGGUGACAAGGCUGCUCGUCGACCUGGAGAAACAUCGGCGGACCUCGCGGCGCGGCGAGAAAAGAAGAGAAAGAAUGUCGCCCAGAAGGCAGAACUUAGCAGAGGUGAUGCUGUUGCUGAUAUUGCACAAAUAGGCCGUAUCGAUGAAUCUCGCGGCGACUUGCAGACAUUGGCUGGGGACGCAAACGUAGUCGACAUCGCGGAAGAGCUCGAGCUGGACGCGGAAGGAGGGCGAUAUGUACCAACGACGCAGGUUUCGAAGACAGCAUUUGAAGCACUUCUAGCGUUCAUCAUGUCGAAGCUCGGCGAUCAACCAAGGGAUUUGUUGCGGGGCGCAGCGGAGGAAACCCUCGUUGUUCUAAAAGAUCAGCAAUAUCAGGAGAGUGAAAGGAAGAAGAUUGUAGAGGAUAUGUUGGCUGCAAAAAUGUCAGUCGAUGAGUUUUCAAGGCUGUCUAUGUUUGGCAGGCAGAUUGAGGAUUUCCAAACUGAAGCAGAAAGAGCAGAACUGAAUACAGAGCUUGAAGAUAGCAUGGGCGAAGAUCAAGCUGUGGCUGUCGUAUUCGAUGACGACGAUGUUCAAGGGGGAAGCAUCUCUGCGGGCGAGGGCAUGGAGGAAGAGCUGGACAUGAGGGAUCUGAUAGAUGUUGAUGAACGGAAUCACCUAUCGACAGUUUCGCAUCCGGGAAAUUUUGAGAAAGAUGACGACGACGCGCUCAUGCAUCCUAAUGCCUCUGAUGAGGGUAUGCUUGUCAAGGAGCAGAAAUUAGUUCCUUUGGAAGUAGACGGGUACUGGUUACAAAGAACUCUCAGCCAAUUCUUCAGCGAUGCUGACGAGUGUCAUCGUGUAGCAGAAGAAGUUUUAAAAGUUCUAUCUGGUAAGGAAGACGACCGUUACUGUGAGAACCAACUUGUGAUACUGCUCGGUUUCGACAAGUUUGACUUCGUUUCGCUUGUCAUGGCCAAUCGUUUCCUAGUCGUUUUUUGCACCCAAUUGGCACGUGCAAAGGGCCCUGAAGAGCGAAGCAGAGUAGAGGAGGAAAUGAAAUCUGACGAAAGGGGACUCCAAUUGCUGGAGCUCCUUCGUCUGGAAGACCCCACCUUGUUGAAAGGCAGGGAAGGUGUCAACGACAGCGAUGGACCUCAAUUUCGAAAGUUCGAUCGAGAAAGCGAUUUAAGUGCAUCGAAACAAUCAGGUAACUCCGGAAAGAGUGCCACUCCGAAGGCAAAAAAGAGGAAGAGACCGGCACUCCGAAAUCUCGACUUGGAAAGCCUGGCCUUUAAAAAGGGCGGUCACUUGAUGACUGUUCGGGAUUGCAAACUACCAGAGGGGUCCGAGCACAUCGAGAACAAAGACUAUGACGAAUGGCAUAUUCCAGCAGUGAAGGCCAUUGCUUCUGGAAAAGAUAAGACGAUUUCGAUUCAAUCCCUUCCUAAUUGGUGCCAACCGGUUUUUCCCGGAACCAGACAUCUCAACAGAAUGCAGUCAUCUGUGUUUCCGUGUGCAUUCGGGUCAGAUGAGAACAUGCUGUUAUGUGCUCCGACGGGAGCCGGCAAGACAAAUGUGGCAGUUUUGACUAUUCUUCGAGCGAUUCAAAAUUCUGGUCCUCCGCAGAAUGGCUUUUCAGAUAUUGGAGAAGCAGACUUGGCGGCUUUCAAAGUGGUUUACGUGGCCCCGAUGAAGGCUCUUGUGGCAGAGGUUGUGGAGAAUUUAGGAAGGAGGUUGAAAGUCCUUGGGCUCUCAGUACGCGAAUUGACAGGGGAUGUUAACCUUUCAAAGCAAGAAAUUGAGGACACGCAGGUGAUUGUUACUACUCCGGAGAAGUGGGACAUAGUUACUCGAAAGAGCAGGGAGCGGGCAUACACAAGCCUAGUGCGGUUGUUGAUAAUUGAUGAAAUCCAUCUCUUGCAUGACGAGAGAGGUCCAGUCUUGGAGACUAUAGUUGCGAGGACAUUGCGUAACGUUCAAUCCUGGACGACGCACACGCGAAUUAUUGGUCUGAGCGCAACACUGCCGAACUACCAAGACGUCGCUACGUUUUUGCAUGUGGCUCCAGACACUGGGCUUUUCUUCUAUGAUUCGACACAUCGCCCAUGUCCUUUGCAGCAAUGCUUUGUCGGGGUCACCACCAAAAAAGCCAUGAAGCGCUUUCAACUAAUGAAUGAUCUCACAUAUGAUAAGGUAAAAGAGCAGAUUCGAGGCGCAAAUCAAGUGAUCGUAUUUGUCUAUAGCCGGAAGGAGACUUCUAAUACAUGCCAUAACCUGAUCAGUAAGGCCAUCGACGAGGAAAUUACUGAUCAAUUCUUAAAACCGGGCAGCGCUUCAUUCGAAAUCAUUCAAGAUUCUCUACCUGACGUUAACGGGAAGGAUUUGAGAGAAUUGUUGGAGCAUGGAUUUGCCACACAUCACGCGGGCAUGAGCAGGAAGGAUAGGCAACUAGUUGAGGCUUUGUUUGAAAACGGCCAUGUGAAGGUAUUGGUAUCAACAGCCACGUUGGCGUGGGGUGUUAAUCUUCCCGCCCAUGCCGUGAUCAUCAAGGGGACGCAAGUAUACUCCCCAGAGCAUGGGCGGUGGAUUGAGCUUUCAUCUAUGGAUGUUAUGCAAAUGAUAGGUCGUGCUGGGCGACCGCAAUUUGAUACUUAUGGUGAAGGAAUCAUUAUCACUACCAAAGCAGACGUGCUGUUUUACCUUUCGUUGCUAAACCAGCAACUUCCGAUUGAAUCUCAGUUUGUGGCACGCCUAGUGGAUAUGUUGAAUGCAGAGGUAGCCAUGGGUACAGUGUCAUCUCUUGAAGAAGGAGCUCAGUGGUUGUCGUACACGUACUUGUAUGUACGAAUGCUGAAGAAUCCCACACUUUACGGCAUCCAUGUUGACGAACUGCAGCGAGACCCAAAACUGGAACGUCGGCGCCUCGAACUAGUACACGCUGCAGCAAUUGCACUUGAACGUUCAGGCUUGGUCAAGUACAGCAAGAAACAUGGUUCUAUAGUUGGUACUGAUUUGGGACGUGUUGCAGCCGAUUUUUACGUUGGCCACGAGACCAUUUCAAUGUAUGUGGAGCACAUGCGGCCCACAUCCACGGACAUAGAUCUAUUCCGUCUUUUGGCUCUUUCAGGAGAAUUUCGUCACAUCAGAGUUCGGGAAGAAGAAAAACUGGAACUCGGUAGGUUGUCCGACAGAGUUCCGAUUCCCAUCAAGGAGGCACUUGAGGAUUCCGCAGCCAAAGUCAAUGUUUUAUUGCAAUCAUAUAUCUCAAACUUAUCUCUUGAUGGGUUGGCUUUGAAGGCAGACAUGAUUUAUGUGACGCAAUCUGCUGCGCGCCUAGCUCGAGCGUUGCUUCAAGUUGCGAUUCGCAUCAAGUGUGCUCCUCUUAUGGAAAAGUGCCUUCGUCUGUGCAAGGCCGUCACAUGCCGGCAGUGGAAUUCACAAAGCCCGCUUCGGCAAUUCCGUGGUAUUUUGGCUGAUGAUGUCCUGCACAAAAUUGAGAGGAAGGAUAUUAGUUUUGACCGAUACUACGAUCUCGAAGAUGCGGAACUGGGCGAGCUGUUGCGAAGUCCCAAGCUAGGUCGGACUGUGCACAGACUUGUACACUCUCUGCCUCGGCUUGAGAUUGAUGCAAAGGUUAGGCCAAUUUCGCGAUCCACUCUGGAGAUUGAAGUUAAGUUGACGCCAGAUUUUAAAUUUGAUCGGAACCUACAUCGCGCCGGCGAAGCGUUUUGGAUUGUCGUUGAAGAUUCGGACUCCGAAGUGCUACUGCACUCAGAACCGUUUUAUCUUCGAGGUUCGCUUGCGUCCGAAGAGCAUGUACUAAGUUUCUUUGUGAAACUGACCUCGCCACAACCUCCCCAGUACUUCUUGAAAUGUUUCAGUGAUAGGUGGAUUGUCCCGGAAACUGUGCUACCUGUAUUAUUCCAUCGGCUUCUGUUGCCUGAGAAGUUUGCUGCCCAUACGAAAGUGCUAGACAUGCGCCCGCGAGCCGUACGCCGUUCUUUUGGAGUAGAUUUGAUGACGGCAGGCGACGAAAGUGUGCUGGAUAUGGAGGCAUAUCGAGAAGGUCUUGAAGAGUUACGAGCGUACUUUUCGAAGAAGACAGAUCAUUUUUCCGCUUUGCAGACUCAAAUGUUUCCAUCUCUGUUUGAGUCGGAUGAAAAUGUUGUAAUCGCGAGUAUUCCUGGUCCGGAGAGGUUCGAAUGUGCUGAACUGUGUCUUGGAAGGUUGUUCACAAGGCUCCCAGACUCGCUCGCGGUCUGGAUCGUUGGAAAAGGAGUUGCAGGGGUGGGUCUUGUCUGCAAGACGCUUACUCAAGGUCUGGGGAAACAGCUUAAUCUUACAGUUGGUACGUUUCUAUCCGGUGGUGUAGAAGAACUCAGAAUGCUUCGAACGGCUGGGGCUGUCAUUGUGACAACAGUCGAACGUUGGGACAUGUUUUCGCGAUGGCGAAGACAGAAACGUGAAAGAAAGGUAUUUGACCGAAUUGGUCUGGUUCUACUCGACGGGGUCCAGUUGAUGUCAGAUCAAGAAGAGAAUGGCGCAGCCCUCGAAAUCGUGGGCUCUCGCAUGCGAUACUUAGGCGCUGAGAGAGGCGAGAAUGCCUUUCGGAUUGUUGCCCUGAGCGACCCGAUUGCAAAUGCGAAGGAAGUCGGACACUGGCUAGGUUGUCCGCCCACCGCUGUCUUCUCUUUUCACCCAGAGGCUGUGGACAAGGGACUGCGGGUGGAGUUUAUGACAGCACCCCUUCAAAGUGCGGGCAAUAAGAAUUCCGCCGCAGCCACAUUUAUCCGCCCGGUCUUCGCGGCAAUUCGAAAGCAUUCCUGGGAAAAGACGGGUUCCAUCCUCGUCUUUGCACCGUCCAAAAAGAUGGUACGAGGGUUAGCCCUUGAGCUGGUCAGUGCAGCAGCCCAGAGUGGGUCCCCAAACGCCUUCCUGUCGGAUUCUGGAGACAUGAUGGAUGCGAACACAGCAAGUCUAAGCCCUGGCACUCUGAAGGAUUCGAUGGCGUUUGGAGUUGGCUUUAUCUACAAUGGAAUAGGCGACACCGAAAAGGAAUGCAUCGAAACGCUCUUCCGACUUGGCACAAUACGGGCACUGGUUGCGUCAGCGGACUACGCCUGGGAAUGUAACAUUUCACGAGAUUGUCUAGUUAUUGUUGCUGGUACGUCUCGCGAAGAUGCUGGUCGACUAGCUGUUCGCCGCGCUGAGUACUCGCGAACUGAUCUCAUGAAGAUGAUGUGCUGUGUGAGACAAGGGCGUAACAAUGCGAGGCGAGUUGUGGUCAUUAUAACGGAGGCGGCGCUACUUGAACAUUACAAACAGCACUGUCUAGAACCGCUGCCAGUGGAAUCGCAGUUGACAGCAACUCUCUCAGAUCAUCUCAAUGCCGAAAUUGCCGCUAAAGAGAUUGAAACGCGGCAAGAGGCGCUGGACUAUUUGACAUGGACUUUCUUUUACCGUAGACUGCCAAAGAAUCCCAACUACUACGGACUCCAAGGACUAUCUCAUAUAGAAAUAUCUAAUCAUCUCUCUGAAAUAGUUGAUUCCGCUCUUUCAGAACUGGAAGAUUCCAAAUGCGUUGCUGCAGAGGGUGAUGAAGACGUAGCUUUGGGAGCACUUAAUCUCGGUAUUAUUGCCGCCCAUUUUUACAUCAGGCAUGCAACCGUCGAGCUGUUCGCUUCUUCCAUAACGCCGAAUACUAAGCUUGGGGGUUUACUCAACAUUCUGUCAUUGGCAUCUGAACUUGGAGAUAUUCCCGUCAGGAUUGGGGAGGAAGAUGUCUUGAAGAGAAUAAGUCAAGACCUUCCUUUGUCGAUGAAUGAUGGAGACUCGCUGUCAUUUUCUAGUCCACACAUCAAGGUCCACAUCCUGCUACAGGCACAUAUGAACCGACGAAGCCUUCCUGCUCAGCUACGGAAUGACCAAGCACAGUUGUUACCUACUGCAGUGCGCUUACUGCGAUCAAUGGUGGAUGUUAUUUCAUCUGCAGGUUGGCUUAAACCGGCAAUCAUUGCUGUCGAAUUAAGCCAGAUGUUGAUUCAAGGCGUAUGGGUAUCGGACCCGAAUGUUAUGCAGCUUCCACACAUUGACAAAGAAAUCGCUACGUCACUCAAACGCGACCAUGACAUUUCAGAAAUCUCCGAGUUACUCGAUGCGUUCUUGGAUAUGGAACCUAAUGGGCGAAUUGGCGCCCUUCAACGUCUUUCACGUAAGGAAAUUUCGGAAAUUUCGUCGGCAUGUCAAAACUUCCCCGACUUGCAAAAUCCCAAAAUUGUGUCUAUACACGAAUCUGAAGACAACGACGGAGAAGGCUUGACCAGGGUGGUGGUGCAGAUCGAAAGAAAUCAAGAAGAUGCCGAAGAGGUAGCCGACCAAAAACGAAAGACUGUUCCUUUAGUUACAGCCCCGUUGUAUCCAACAAUCAAAGAAGAGGGGUGGUGGGUAAUUGUUGGAGACUGGGAAAACAAUUCUCUGUUAACGUUGAAAUACGUUUCACUGAAGGUUGCUGCAACCGUGAAACUUGAUUUCGUACCUCCAACUGAACACGCGGAUGCAUUGGCUGAUGCACAGGGGAAGAAAAAACUUAAUCUGUACAUUUUGUCUGAUUCGUAUGUGCUCGAAUGUGAUAUAGAGGACACAUUUCAAAUUAAUGUGAAGAGGAGAACUCUCGGCAGUGACUCGGGUGAAGAAAAUGAAAAUGUUGCCCAGGGCACGACAUUGGAUAUCGCAGCUGUGGAGCAGACAGCUUGA